AUGAGAAGCAGCCAAAGGAACCAACGAAACAGCGACGACUCUUCACGCAGGAGAGCGGAGAUAGUGCGAGGCAAACGUCACGUCGAGUCCGAAGAUGACUUUGAGUUGGACGAGGAAAUGGAGGACGUCGAGUCGCCAAGAGACUUGAGAGACGAGCAACCCGUCGACCCGAUGACGACCGAGGAGAAGGUGCUCGUUCGUAUCUUCCGCAAAAUGAAGUUCGCAGGCACGCGAUACCCGGACCCUGGAGCGAUGGGGAGCCUACGCAUCAGUGAUGAUGUAUACGCGAUGUUCGACAACCUGGGAGUUGGCGUCCUCAUGUCAAAGAGGAACGAAUCCUACAAGGAAGCAACUUGCCAAUUCCUAACUUCACUCGACUUCUAUCUCUGCAAGGAAGGCGAACACACGCCAGAUGGAAGCGACGGCUCUAUCACUUUUGUCGCGUCGGGAGGUAGAUACUAUCUUUCCUUCCAGGAUAUCGAUCGCGCCUACUACCUACGCCCCAGACAACCGUUCUGGACUUACUGUGGACAAAGACGAGAUGAGAGCAUUGUGGGAAGUGAUCGCUUCAGGAGACUACCAAUCCUCGACCGCCAAAUCCGCUCAAAUCCGCAACCCCUCGAUCCGAUACCUGCACAAAUGCCUGAUGAUAAGGAUUUGUGUGUGGAUGUGAAAAGAAUGAAAUGA